AUGUUCGUCCUUAGAUUGAUCUCUGCGGCCCUAAUGCUCUCUGCUGCGGCGGGGAGCAAUCUUGCAGGAGCUCCGGAUGGACAGAUUCAGCCAGAUGACCAGAAAGUCCUCGUCGGUUCAGAAAGGGACGGCCCGCUUGGAGAAAGUGCAAUCGAUUCGCCUUCCGAGAUCCACCAGGUGUAUGUGACGGUCCAGGACCUCGCGAAGCAGAAGGAGUCUGCGCGGCACAUAGCCGAGAAGGAGAAGCUGCUGCAGAGGUUGAGCCGCGACCAAGGGAAGUGGGAUUCAGGCCAUCCGCGAUGGAGACUGCUGGAUACCCUCUAUGGGUUUCGCAAGUACUUUGACAGAAACGCUGAAGAGGUCAGGCGGUGGAAGAAGCUCUACAAGCACGUCUCUCCUGCCCAGAAAAAGUUGCUCGAGACUACCAUCCAGUAUUCUCAAAAGUUUGUCAAGACAGAACACUUUCUCGCCGAGAACCAGCACCUAUGCGAUCGCGUCGUCCGCGCCGCCCUCGACUUCUACGGCGUGGAUCCGUCAGAGCUCGACGAGCACAUCAAGCAGGCCGAGAAGGACAACAAGCUCGCGGACAGGGUGAGCGUUUCGCAAUCGCUCAAGCACAUUGUGCGCGAUUGGUCCGAGGAGGGGCUGAGCGAGCGCGGUGAUGCGUUUCCGUGCCUUUUGGAAACUAUGAGCGGCCUGUUUCCCGAGAGAGGUAGCGCCGGCGAGGAGGUCAAGGUGCUUCUGCCUGGGGCUGGGCUUGGGCGGCUAGGUCAUGAAGUCGCGUCGCUGGGAGGAUUCGAAGUUACUAGCAACGAGUGGUCCAUGUACAUGAACGUCAUGUCCCGCUUCCUCGACACUAUUACCUCGACCUCGUUAGACACAGUCUACCCUUUCGUCGACUACUGGUCCCACCACGUCUCCAACGUCGACAUGAUGCGCCCCAUCUCCUUCCCGGAUAAGCCCAUCAACUCGAGCAGCGUCCUUCUCGUAGAGGGUGACUUCACCACUGCCUUCGCGGAAAACACGGCCCACUUCGAUUCCGUCGUCACUCACUUCUUCAUCGAUACGGCACGCAACUUGAUUUCCUACUUUGACACCAUCCACCGCGUCCUCCGGCCCGGAGGUUACUGGGUCAACUUUGGUCCCCUGCUCUAUGGAACGGGUCCCUUUGUUCAGCUAUCGCUGGAAGAGAUAAUCAAGUCGCCGAGGCCAUGGGUUUCGAGUUUCUGGAAACAGGGGAGAACUGUGGAAAAGCCACGGCCGGAGUCGGAGGCAAAGCUAAAGGGAUGA